UCCAGUCCUGUCUGUGGUACCUGCUGGCUACUUAACUUAGCUAGCAGCCUUACCUAUCAGUCACUUCUGUUCAGGGGGAAGAAAAAACAACAAAAAAAAAACCAAAAUGAACGAGGGACAAAAUGAUUUUGUUUUGUUUUCCGAUCGAUGCGCAGUUGCGGUUUAAGAAAAAGAUGGAGAGCGUCCAUUUGGUUUUAGUAUUUUAGCUGUUAAGCGUUUUGCUGAGUCCAUUUUGCGUGUAACUGGAAGUGGAAAAGACAAAGAGAAAAGAGCUUUCCAAUAGCUAGAAUGGUUUGGGCCUAAAAAGAAGACAAGAGCAACAUGAACCGUGAGGACCGGAAUGUGCUCCGAAUGAAAGAAAGAGAAAGGAGAAAUCAAGAAAUCCAGCAGGGAGGAGGAGGAGAGGCCUUUCCAGCGAAUUCCCCUCUCUUUCCUGAACCCUACAAAGUGUCCAGCAAGGAAGAUAAACUGUCCAGCCGUAUUCAGAGCAUGCUGGGCAAUUACGACGAGAUGAAAGAGCCGAUCGGUGACACACUUCCAAAGCUUGGCGGAAAACCUUCUAACAGCUCAUCUUCCUCUGAGGAUAAAUCGGGCCCACCUUUGUUUGGCGGGGACCAGCGUGGCGUCGGUAGCGGUGGCAGCAGCCAGAGCAGUAAGUGGACUCCUGUCGGCCCCGCAGCAGGUGGAUCUUCAUCCCAGUCCCAGAAACGCUCAGGACUAGGCAGCCAGAGGGGCAACGGAGGCAGUAGCGGCAGCAGCAGCAGUAGCCAAAGACACGGAGGGGAGGUGCGGGAAAAGAAGUCAAGUAAACACAGUGGAGAGCACUCAAAGUCACACACAUCGAGUCCGGCCAAGGGCUCUCUGAGUUCCUCCAGCAGCAACAGCCACUUGCGGAGCUCCUUGUCUGCUGAACAGCAUCACAGCAAGGAGCGUUACCGCUCCAAGUCCCCAAGAGACAGAGAGGCAAACUGGGACUCACCCUCGCGGGUUCACACCUCCUUCCCCACCGGACAGCACUCGAGUCAGGCCUUUCCCCCAUCUCUCAUGUCCAAACCCGGCUCCAUGCAGCAGAAGCCCACAGCGUAUGUGCGGCCUAUGGACGGCCAGGAAACGGCAGAACCCAAGAGCUCACAAGCAGAAAGCUACAGUGGACAGUCGCACAGCAGCACCAUGGGAGAGAUGAAGUCCAAUAGCAAGGCCUCACUUUCUAAACUCAAGAUCCCCUCACAGCCUGUAGAGGGAUCCGGUGACGCCAACUGUGUCGAUGAGAUUCUGAAGGAAAUGACUCAGUCGUGGCCCUCUCCGCUGACAGCCAUCCACACCCCCUGCAAAACUGAGCCCUCCAAGUUUCCAUUCCCCACCAAGGAUCCUCACCCUUUUCCAAGUGGACACAAGCGAGGCAGUUCUUCCAAGAGCUCCAGCAGCCACCAGCCCAAAGCUUGCGAUGAUCAGCCAACUAGGCUGGAAGAAGACCUGAAGCUAAGCAGCAGUGAGGACAGUGAUGGAGAACAGGACUCUGCCAAGAAUGCCUCAAGGAACACAUCAGCAAGCAAUAACAGUGAAGGAGCAGAGCAAUCGAGAGAUGACUCAAGCAGCCACAGUGGCUCUGAGAGCAGCUCAGGCUCUGACAGCGAGAGCGAAAGCAGCACAACAGACAGUGAAGCUAAUGAGCACCCACGGCCCGCCUCUCCUGAACCUGAACAACCCAUGGCCAACAAGUGGCAGCUGGACAACUGGUUCAAGAAGGCCAAGCAGUUCUCACCAGCUUCCCCAGUGGACAAUAAUGUUCCAACAAAGUGCAAGAAAGAGGGCAGAGAUAACGGCUCCGGCCGUGGCUAUGGCAGCCAAGGCGGGGGGUCAAAAGACUCUACAGCACCUACCCCAAGCAGGGACCUACGGGCAGCGCAAAAGGGUGCAGAGGGUGGCCGUGGCCGGCAAAAAUCCCCCGCCCAGAGCGAGGGUGGCACUAAUGCCAGAAGGAGUGUGGGUAAAAAACAACCUAAGAAGUCUGAGAAGCCCCCAGUGGUGGAGGAACCCAAAGGAGGUCUGAGAGUGGAGAGUGAACCAGCUCCAGAGAUACCUCCUCACCGGCCCAAAGCUGCUACUAAAGGUUCCCGUAAACCAAGCAUCAAAAAAGAGCCUAAAUCCUCUCCGAGGCCCACUGCGGCUGCCGUCACCACCACUGCAGAUAAACGCAAGGCCAAGGUAGCCACCAAGACUUCCCAGCAGAAGUCUCGCGAGUUUGUUGACACGGACUCUUCGUCGUCGGACUCUGAGGGGAAUGACAGCAUCCCAUCCUCGUCGCAGACACCCAAGUACACAGAGAGUAUCAGGACCCCUGUGUGUGUGUUCUCUCCAAUGGAAGAGAAAGAGCUGUUGUCUCCGCUCAGCGAUCCUGAGGAGCGCUACCCUGCGAGACCGACUCAGCAGCAGGUUUUACUAGUGAAGAUAGAUCUCAGCUUGCUGUCUAGAAUCCCAGGGCGGCCCUACAAAGAGCCUGCAGAGAUAAAAGUGGAGAGAGAUGACUCUCUAGACAGGGACAGCAAAGACUUCAGCAAACAGAGCUCUGAGAAGAGCUCUAGUAAGGCCAAGAGGAAACACAAGAACGACGAAGAAGGCACCAAGCCAGAGAGCAAGCGAUGCAAGCUGGAGGAGAAGUCCCUAUCUCAUCAUAAAAACAGCAGUAAAGAGUCAAAGAGGUCUUUGGAGAAGAAAGAGGAGCCAGUCCCCUCUCCCUCCAUGUCAGGUCUUCAGCGGACACCCAAGGCAGAGCAUCUGAGUCGGAAGAGGACAGUCAGCCAGUCCUCCACCUCUCUGUCCAGCGGGACAGGAAGUGGAAAGGAGGGAAGUCACAGCACCAAGGGCAACUCCACCUCCAAACACAGAAAAGGAGAGGACAAGGGACGCAGCACACGCGAUGGCAAGGAGAAAUCCUCAAAAGGCUGUGAUAACCAGCUGGUUGUGCCGCCGCUCUCCACGGACGGCUCCAAGUCUCAGAGAUCCAAGCUUGUGUUUGAGGACAGGGUCCAUUCAGCAGAUCACUACUUACAAGAGGCCAAGAAGCUUAAACACAAUGCAGAUGCACUGUUGGACCGUUUUGAGAAGGCCGUUUACUACCUGGACGCCGUGGUGUCUUUCAUUGAAUGUGGUAAUGCCCUGGAGAAGAGCGCCCAAGAGGCCAAGUCUCCCUUCCCCAUGUAUGCUGAAACAGUGGAGCUUAUCAAAUACACUAUGAAGUUAAAAAGCUACAUGGCCCCAGAUGCUACUUCGGCAGACAAGAGGCUAGCUGUGCUUUGCCUACGAUGCCAGUCCCUCCUCUACCUGCGGUUAUUCAAGCUGAGGAAAGACAGUGCACUAAAAUACUCUAAAACACUCACCGAACACUUAAAGAAUUCUCUGAGUAACACCCAGGCUCCCUCUCCUGGAAUGGGAAACAAGGCAGCGGGCAUGCCGUCUCCAGUGUCUCCCAAACUGUCGCCAGGCACGGCCGGUGGCUACUCGUCCGUCAGCAGCAGCAGCAGCGCCAGCUCGUCCGUGACCAUCCCUCAGCGUAUCCACCAGAUGGCUGCCAGCUACGUCCAGGUCACCUCCAACUUCCUGUACGCCACUGAGGUCUGGGACCAGGCUGAGCAGCUAUCCAAGGAGCAGAAGGGUAAACUACUUCAGAAAAUAGAAUUCUUCUUAGAGUUGGACAAGGUGAUGGGUCCUCUGAUCUUCAACACCAGCAGCAUGACAGAACUGGUGCGUUACACACGGCAGGGCCUCCACUGGCUGCGCCUGGACGCAAAGCUCAUUCCCUAGCGAGGACUCGCUCCCUGCACGCUGCUUCUACACACACACACACACACACACACACACACACACACACACCUCAGCCUCUGGUGUUCAGCAACAUGUGCUCAAAGACACACAAGCAUGCCCUCACAGACAAACGCAUACAAUAAUGUACUGUAUACACACACACACACACACACACACACACACACACACAGUCCACCUCUGGUCCUCCAUGUACACACACAGACACACACACGUGAUGAACUUCUCAGACAUAUCUUCAACACUGUGUCCAUUUCCUACACCAGCUUGCCAAAAACACUGAGCAAUUUAGAGCAUCUCACACCGUCGACAGCACCACACAGGGAGAAGCAUCGAAACUGCAGCACAGGAACAAAACAAAAAAAAGCUUAUCGCCACGCUUCAUAUAUCAGCAUUCUUACAAAAUCUUCGAAGGCCAUGUUUUUAUCUAUUUGGCAUGGAAGCGCUGGGUGAAUUAUUUGUUAUGAAUAUGCUUAAAAAUGGGGUUUGGUUUUUAGGCUACUUUGGCUUUUAACUUUUUAUUUGACUUUAUUUCACCAAAGUACCUCCCAUAAACACCAAAGGUGCUUUAAAAUGAAGGUUUCUCUUUAUCAUUUGUGUGCCUUGUAUGUGACCUACAGGAAAACAAACAGCCACCCAUCAUAUCUGAAUACAUUGUUUUUAUUUUACCUCUUUUUUUUUUUUUUUUUUGCUCAUUUCAACAUCUAGCAGUUAAUGGAAGCUGGCAACGAUUAUGUUUUUUUUUUAAUUGCAAAAUCUUUUAAUUUUAAGUAAAGUCCUGUCCACGCAUCUGGUAUUUUAGAGCAAAAGAUGGUGUUGGUCACAAAUUAAAAUACCUUACACCGUCUUGAUUUAUCUGUCCUUCAAAGUCUCUCGGCACUGAAGGUUAAUCUUGGAGCAUGCCCACAAGAUUUUAUGGACUGUAGGAAGGGCUACUGUGCACAGCAGAUUAAUACUUCUGACACACACAUAUUUAUAAAUGUUCUCUUUAUCAAUCAGUGUAUUAGUUUUUAACAGUGUACUUUUAUUUUCCACAAUCAUGAACUUCUUAUAUCCCUGCUAAAAAUGGAAUUUCCGUCAGUUUUGUUAAAACCACUGUGGUCUGGUUUGAUGUAAGGAGCGACAUGGCCUCUAGGGGCCGCUAGCAGGGGCUUUUAGACUCAAGGCCUUAAUAAAAUUGAUAAUUUUAAUGUUCUCUCUAAGAGAUUUGCUGUCUCUGAAGCUCCAGAAUACAAAUCUCUUCCUAUAAAAUAUUUUUAAACUUGUAGCUACAUUGUUCAUUGAGAAAUUUCCUCAAGGAUGAGUCAUUUCCAAACAGUGUUACACUUUUUUUUUUUUUUUUCCCCCUUGUUUGCUCAGAGUGUAUUUUUCUAAGGAACAGCAGGGAGUGUCUUAAGUAUUGAAAUCAUUUCCACAUAGUCAAUGCAGUUAUUAACGUUACAGUUUAUAAAAACUGGGCCUGAGUGACCACUAAUUCGGUAAAUCAAAAGCAAAUUUAUGGGGGAAGUAAAGAUGUUCUGUAGAGAGUCAUCAGUGAUGCAGAUUUGCAGUGUUGCAUUUAUAAAACAAAGAGUUUUAAAUCUAUGAUUAUAUAUUUCAAAAAUAUAACGGCCAAUAUAGAUUUUAUUUAUAUACCAAGCAGUUUAUGGUUUUUUGUUCAUCUUCUGGCCAGGCAGAAGUAUAACUUUUCAAACGCAUACUUGUAAAACAGGGUUGAACAAGGGUUAUAAGAUGCAAAGUAUUUGUAUAUGUAAUUGUUCCUAUUUAAAUUUUAAAAAUCUUAAUCAUACUUGUAUUACAAGACGGUAGAUAAAGGAAUGCAUCAGUGUUUGUUAAUGUGGCACAGCAGGUUGGGAUAAAGAUGCUGUCCAACUAUACAAACAUUUCUGUUGGUUAUAUAAAAUUACUGGUUGUCAUCAAGGGGGAAUGUGGAUGGUAGCGGCUUUGAGUAAAGAUGUUAAUAUUACACCCAAGAUUUUAGACAGGUGUUUGGUAAUGUUCAAUGACAUGAAGGACUGUCCUUUUUCUUUUUUUUUUUUUGCCCACUUCCUACUAAAACAUGCUGGAAAUAUUAAAGCCUGGGCCAAAUAGUAUUGCUUGGUUUUAUGUUAGUUAAUGGCAGAUGAGUUUGGAUAGGAGGGAAGUGGCAGGGAGUUUAAGACCUGUGAUAGUCUGUAACUUUAUGGCACUUUUCUUCUAUUUUCAAACAUACAUUUGGUGUAUUUUCUGACACCUCAUCCUUUUUUUUUUUUUUUUCAUCUCAAGAGAGAACAGAUCAAAAUAAUUACUAUUUGUUCCAGGUUUUAACUUUUUUGUUGUUGGUUUUUUUUUGGUAUUUUCUUUCCUUCACUGGCUCCCUGGCCUUUAUUGUAGGAGGGAUACUGUUAUUUCCUCUUGCACUUGAACAAGAGAAAGUCAGAGGAGGUAUUAUUUUUAAUCUAUGCAGGAUUUUUACAAAAAAAAAAAAAAAAAAAAGGAUCAGUUUCUGUGGAAAAAAAUUUCAUUUGUAGGCUUGGGAUUUUUUUCCCCACUCCUUUUUUUUUCCCGCCUCAGUGAGAAACCUGUUGAACUCAAGUGUCCAAUGCCUUUAGCUUUUGCAAUUUUGUGUACUGGUUUAGUAUAUAUGUGUAUAUAGAUCUGUUUUUAUAACCAAACACAGAUGGCUUGAGCCAUUUUGUACUUAAAGCUGGAGGCCACUUUUCUCAUAGGAAUUCCUCUGUGGGUUUUGCUAGCCCAGUCAAUGUCUUCAUACACUGGUACACUUUGUAAGUACAGGUCCGCGCCUUGUGUUCCCUACACUAUCUUGUAGUCAAAUGUACAAAAUUUAGCAUUAGAAUCAUUUUUAACAGUUUGCUACUCACACUUAUUUAUUUUUCUGCCCCUUUGCUUAAUGUUUUUUUCUAUUUUGCCAUUUUAAGGAGUACCAUUUUAUGAAAUAGGAAGAUGUAAAUGUAUCGGGGUUGUUCAUGAUGAGAUUUCAUUGUAAGUAGUAAUUAAUAUUAAUUCUAACUUGAAAGAAUCCAGGGUAAGAUGAGUUUUGUUUUUUUUGACAUUCAGUAGGAAGAUGUUAACACUUGCAUGUUUCUAUUUAAAUACAAAUGUAUAAAUUGUAAAUAUAACAUUUCUUUAAGGGUGAAUUUCUACUACAGGUUGACAUUUUUAUUGAAAUUUAAAAAUGCUGUAAAUACAUUUGUGAGAUACUUUAUGCACAUUUUUUUUUCUCUCUGUGGGCUUUUGUGUUUUCUUCUCCUUCUUCUUCCAAGCUGUUACAGAUGACAUCCCAGUCUCUUAACACUGUAUAUCAAAUUUAUUUCUCAGUCCUUUUCUUACUGUGCUCGUAUUCUUUGUCUUCUGCUUCACCGUCUCUCAGUAUCACGGUCGCCACAUAAUCAUUAAUGUCUCUAGAAUCCAAGUGCGAAUAUUUUGUCUUCUCUGUAUUUGAUACGGAGGGCGUGUACUUUUCAUGAAAUGUAUAUUGUUGAUCUCAUGGGAUGGAUGGAUGGAUGGAUGGGUGUGUACAGUCCGUUAUGUAAAACCGCGUCUGUUUUCGUCCUCAUGAGAGAGAUGUAUUUACUAUUUGUCCCUUUUGAACAAUUGGUCCAACAUGUCUUUUGAAACAGAGGUAUUUCUCUACAGGUCAGAACAGUUGUAGCAGUUUAUACAGUAUGUUGUAUAACACCUUUUUUCUAAAAGUCGUCUCUAAAGUGAGGCCAGCAGCAUACACUAUGUACAAUAGUCUAAAUUGGAUUAGUUUUAAGAGAACUGAUGAUAGAGAUACUAUAUAUGAUGGAUGCAAUAUGAUUAAAGGUACUCAUUGAGUUUGAUCUUCAAACUUAGGUUAUGUAAUUUAAAAGCAUUCUUGUGAAGUGAGUAUUAAUUGUGACUAAUGAGAGUCUGUCCUGAAUAUUCUUUGUAUUUUGCCGUAUUGAGAAUAAAAUAUAUAUGGAUAUGUUUAA